GUACAAAACUGUCACUUUUCACGUGCGCGGUCGUUGUGUUUUUAUUUACAACGUUUACAAUAAAAAGAUCAUUCAGAGACGCGGUUCUGAGCUAAAAUCCAUUUAUUUAAACCAAAUAUGGAAGAACCCAAAACUGAGGAUAAACUCAAGACAAUCUGUGAAGGUAGCGCCGAGAUUCUGGUGGCAGAACACGUGUUCUACAAUCCGGUUCAAGAGUUUAAUCGUGACUUGAGCAUUAGCGUUCUGUCGACAUUCUCGCGAAUUUUUCAAAGGGAGAAAGCCGAAGCACGCCAAAAGAAAGUCAAGGAUGGGGAUCCACCUGUUGAGGAAGUUCCGAUUGUGGCUGGUGUGAAAUGCGAGGAAGGUCUAAGAAUUUUGGAAGCACUGUCAGCAACAGGUCUCCGAAGCGUUCGGUACGCUAAUGAAGUGCCAGGCGUCAAGGAAAUCAUUGCAAAUGACCUAUCUAAGUCUGCGGUUGAAUCUAUCGAGAAAAACAUAAAACACAAUAAACUGGAACAUCUUAUCACUCCUAGCUUUAACGAUGCGAUGACCUUGAUGUACACAUCGACCCAUCCAGGCAAACGAUUCACCGCAAUCGAUCUAGAUCCUUACGGUCAUCCGACACGCUUUCUCGAUGGAGCAGUUCAAUCAAUCGAAGAUGGAGGCCUUUUGCUCAUAACAGCAACGGACAUGGCCGUUCUUGCAGGAAAUUCCCCAGAAGCUUGCUACGUAAAGUACGGAUCAGUUCCGCUCAAGACUAAAGCCUGUCAUGAAAUGGCUCUACGAAUACUGCUACGAUGCAUUGAAACGACGGCAACUCGCUACGGUCGCUAUAUGGUUCCACUGCUGAGCAUCUCAGCCGACUUCUACAUUCGAGUGUUCGUCAGAAUAUUCACUGGCCAAUACGCGUGCAAAAAAAGUAGCAGCAAGCAGUCGAUGUUGUUUCAAUGCACUGGCUGUGAGUCGUUUACUCUGCAACCCCUCGGGAUCCUUAAACCAAAUCCAACCGAGAAGAAUCCCAGCCAAAUUAAGUUUGGCACUCCAACGGGUCCAUUCGUGUCCAGUAGAUGCGAACACUGCAACCACCAGCAUCACAUGGGCGGCCCCAUUUGGUCGGCACCACUCCACGACGAAGAUUUUCUAAAGGAACUGCUCGUAACGGUUGAGAUGGAUUCGUUCAAAAAGCUCACCACGAUACGCAGAAUCUACGGAACUCUAUCCGUAAUUCAGGAAGAACUGCACGACAUCCCGCUGUACUACACGCUGGAUCGCCUUUGCGGAAUUCUCAAACUGGAAUCCAUUCCCAUGAUGAAGCUGCGGUCUGCCUUGCUUCACGCCGGCUAUCGUGUUUCCUAUUCCCAUGCGUCAAAAACCUCGAUAAAAACUGACGCUCCGGUUUCGGUUCUGUGGGACAUUCUCCGUUUCUGGCAGAAGAGCCACCCAGUUAAAAAGGAACGCCUGAUACAGGGUACUCCGAUAGCGGCUAUACUCGCAAAGGAACCGACAGCCGAAUACCUUCUGCAUGACAUCCAUCCGGAUGCGAAUCCUCCGAGCCGUAAGGAAUCGCUCAGUCGCUUCCCAGAAAAUCCGACCGCUCACUGGGGACCUGGAACUCGUGCCACCUUGAUGGUGAGCGAUAACAAAAUGAUGAAAAGUUUGAAAAAUCAGAACAAACGCCGCAAGGAGCAUGAUGGUGCCAAAAAGCAGCGGCAACAAUCGGGCGGAGACUCGCCCGAACGAAAGCACCUAAAAUCGGAUCAAGGAAAUGAGACCAAGGACGGUAGCGAAACAGUGCCUGUAGAAGCUGCGGGUUACGAAUGAAACACACCACGAUGCAGAUUUGGUCGGGGUUCUGCUAAAUCGCACCAAGCGCCAAUUGAAAAUUACAUAAUCCAUUACAUGUUGUUAUCGCGGUUCCUACUGACCACAAAUCGUAUCAGAUGUCCCUAAAUCCACUGAGAAUAUUCUAAAAUACAUGUACGUAUUAAAGAUAUUAUCAGAUUUCCAUGUUACUUUUACGAGCAAAGUAUCACUUCCAGUUAAAAAGGCGUUUGAUACUUUUUCGCAGAACCCCAACCAUUUGAAAAAUACAGAACAUGCGCGUGGCGAACGCGCGCCAAAAAUCAUUGCAAGACUGCAGAAAUAUCGAUCAAAUAUGCAUUGCGUUUUUCUUUAUGUCACGCAAUGUUUGUUCGUUUUUCCGCGAGAAGUUUCGACACACUCUGUUACAUUCUACUUGCAGUUGAAGUAGCCAACACCUAUUUUUAGCAAACCUAAUAAAACUUGUUAAUUAGAGAGAAA